AUGUGCCAGCCACGCCACACCGCGCCGCCGCUGCUGCUGCUGCCGUGGCUCAUCAUGGUGGUGUGUUGCGCCGGUGUUUGCGUUGCCGCCGAUCGCGCCGUGAAGCACCGCUGUGGGUUUGACGCGAUGAUGAAGAAAUACGGCCGGCUGCCGACUGCGGUGGUGCGUGAGGUGCCGCGCCGGGGACAGGGCGCCGUGCAGGCGUACACUGCCGCCAGCGAGGAUGGGGACGAUGGCUGGGCUCCGAUCCGCAUCAAGGUGUCCGCGGAGGACAUGCACAAUCCGUUGAGGCACUGCACUGCGGCGGGGGAUCUGCGCAUUGACCACAAUGGCCGCGCAAUAACAUGCGAGGCGGACGACGUGUUGACGGAGGAGAGGAGGAGCAUUAUUUUGAGGCAAAUUCUCCCCGCCGCCAUUCAACUGCACGCGGAGCGUCUCUCCGUGAGGCCCGUGACGGGUCCCAUCGUUAUUCCACAAACCGGUCUGGGGAUGUGCGAUAAAUUCACCAUCCCUCGCAGACACCGCACGGUGGGUGUGGCUGGCACCGACAUGAUUCUCUACGCCAAUAUUUUUCCGACUUCUGGUCCAGCCGCAUGGGCGGCUCUGUGCUUCAUGCUGGAUGAUGGCCGUCCAGUUGUUGCUGCCGUGAACUUUGACCCGAGGCGAGUAGCGGCGACAAAUGGAUACGUGCGUAUAGCAGCCCACGAGUUGGGGCAUGCUCUUGGGUUUUCUGUUGAUUUUUUUGUGAUGUUACAUAUGAUUUCCGAGGUCUUGAACGUGCGCGGGAGUUCCAAGGUGUCGGUGAUUUCAACACCGAAGACGAAGGCAAUGGCGCGUCAGUACCACAACUGCCCCACGCUUGAGGGCAUUGAGCUGGAGGACGAGGGUGGUCCUGCAACUGCACUUUCGCAUUGGAAGAAACGCAGCAUGAGGGACGAGCUGAUGACUAGUGAUCUGAGGGUUGGGCUGUACUCGGCACUGACGCUUGCAGCAUUUGAGGACAUGGGUUUUUAUUUGGCAAACUACAGCGCGGCUGAGAUGUUGUGGUGGGGCAACAACUCUGGCUGUGGGCUGCUGGAAAAGAAGUGCUUGACCGACGGCAUCAGCGAAUACCCUGAUCUGUUCUGCAACCAGUUCUCGCGUGCCGGAUAUAAGCUCUGCACGUACGACCGUCUGUCUCUGGGGCGCUGUAAGCUGAAGAGGCACGAGGAAGCCCUCCCAGAGGAGUAUCGGUACUUUGCUGAUCCCCGGGUUGGCGGUGAUGACCUCUACAUGAGCAGAUGCCCGUAUGUCAAGACAUAUCUA